UAUUUGCAAAUACCAGAGCACAUGGUGAGGAGGCUCUGCAGGGAGCGGUGCUAUCGCUUGCUAUCGUACUUGUUCAGCAUUGUAGGUAGUCUUCUUUUGCAAACAAGCAAUAUUUUAUUUCCAGGCUGCAUCUCUUUUAUACCAAAGUAAACUGCCAGGUGUGCUGCUUGCCGAGUUGCUUUGUGCUAAAACGAAAAAAGACCGAAUUCAACAUGUCUUCCAAGUGCCAGCAGAGCAAAAGCUGUCCCAUUCCAACCAGAGUGUUUCUCUUGAAAGACUUAUCGCAAUUACCAGACUGUUACAGCACAACACCUGGUGGGACACUCUUCUCUACCACUCCCGGAGGCACCAGGAUUAUCUAUGAUCGGAAGUUCCUUUUGGAUUGUAGAAAUUCUCCCCUAGCUAAGACGCCACCUAGUUAUCUCCCUCAAAUUCCAGGAGUAACUUUGACUCCUCAUUCGCCACUGAGCAAACUGGAAGAGCUUAAAGAACCAGAAGAACCAGAGAAAGAAAUUCCCGCGGCUGAUGAAGACCAGUUUGAAAUGGAUAUCUGAGCACCACAUUCAGCUGCACAGAGGAUAUACCUACAAUUUUUGGUAGCUGUCUUGUCUCCAGGAUUGUUUUAUGGAAGACGUUAUGGAAAGCUACACAUACAAACAGUCUAAACUCUUGGUUGUACAGGAAGUGCUUCCUGUCACAUGGGAAGAUCGCACUUGGAGUUGUGUUCUUUAAAGUUCAUUUGUAUUUUUUUUAACUUUUUAUCUACUUUUUUUUUUUUUUUUUUUCAGAAAAAUGCUAAAGCUGUUCAAGCAGUGUUUAUAUAAUCAGAAUGGUCUUGGUUUUUGGAUGUUAAUUGGGUGUUUGCUGAUCCCUUCCUCCAGAGCAGUAGGUUGGUGUAUAAUAUAAGAGAUUGUUAAACAGUCGGUGGCAUUUAUAUAAAAAUGUAUAUAGUGUGGCCGCUGACACGGCUGGAAUAUGCUGCUAUGCAGCUAUUUAAAUAAAUUUUAAAAGUCA